AUGGCGACCACAAAGCAAGCAUUUGCCUCCCCCACACCGCGAGCGCCUGGCUUCACCCCCAACUUCUUCUCCGAGUAUAGCGUCGUCAUCGACCGUCCGCGCGACGAGGUGUUCAACAUCAUCGGCACCGCCGCGGGCGCAGAGCGCGUUACGCGGCUAUCUGAUAUGUGUACGCGCUUCGAGAUGCUCAAGCAGGAUGAAGUGAGCUUGGCGUCAGGCGAAGCCUUGAAGGACUCGGCGAUGCGGACGCAAGCGGCGGUCGGGAAAGGGGAAGGGAUCGCCAACGCUAGCGACGAAUCGGCCUCGCAAGCAGAUCCUGCCCGCCACCUCCCCCGCCAGCACUUCUCCAUGACCGAAACCAUCCCCCUCCUCUUCGGCAUUAUCAAACACGACGUCCUCAUCGUCGGCACGCUCACUUGGGACACGUCCGCAUGCGUAGCACUCUACGAGAGCGAGGCCGACCAAGGCGUUCUGGUCUGGAAGCUGCGCACGUUCGAGGAGGUGGAAGGGGGCAGUACGCGCGUGAACGAGCGUAUAGAGGGGAAAUGCAGCGCCCUGCUGCGUCCUAUCGUGCAGAGGGAGACGACGCGGGGACACCAGGCGCACAUGAAUGCAUACCAAAUGCUAUUCAAGGCAUCUUGA